AUGAAGUGUCUUCGUGUGGUCGUUUCUGGAGCAGCAGGAUUGAUUGGAUAUAGUUUGAGUGGCUUGCUCGGAGAUGGUACCGUUUUUGGAACGGAUCGGCUUGUCGAAUUGGUUUUGCACGAUAUCCCUCGUUGCGAACAAAAGCUGGUAGCUCUGAAAGCGGAGUUGGAGGACUGUGCUUUCCCUUAUGUAUCAAGUAUCGAGUUCUUUACGGAUCCUCUCAAUGCCUUCCGUGACGCAGAUAUUGUGUUUUUCCUUGCAAGUCUGCCUCUGACUGGACCCGACCGAGCCAGUCUCCUUGAGAAGAACAUCAAUAUCUACAUCGAAUUCGGAAAAGCUCUGGAACAAGUCGCUUCCCGCACGUGCAAGUCGAUCGUGGUCGCCAAUCCUGCCAACACGCUCGCCUACGUCCUCAUGCAGACCGCUCCUUCUAUCCCUCGUUCGAACUUCGCCGCUUUGAACCGCACCGACCACAAUCGCACGCGUUCUCUCACGCUCGACGCGUGCCGCAAGGCCUACGAUGCCUCUCUGCAGCUCUCCGACCUCUCCGACACCUUCGUCUGGGGAAACCAUGGAAACACCAUGUUCGCCGACUUGACCCACGCGAAAAUCCGUGGGAUCCCACUGAUGGAGGCCAUUCCGGACCGCGAAUUGUGGGAGAAGACGCUGCCCGAGCAGGUGGAACGACGUGGCUGGGUUUUGAUGGAGCUGCGAGGCGGAGUGUCGAGUGUUCUGUCGGUGGCGAGAGCGAGCGUGGAUGUGGCUCGUGACUGGUGUUUGGGAACGAAUGGGAAACGAAUCACGAUGGCGGUGUGCAGCGAUGGGAACUGCUACGGCGUGGAGGAGGGACUGAUCUUUGGAAUGCCGGUCGUGUGUGAGAAUGGAGAGUGGAAAUGCGUGGAGGGACUGAAGAUCGCGGAGAACGUCCGAAAACACAUCGAGAUUACGACUCAGGAUCUGAAGAAGGAGGUGGAGAUUGCGGAUGCGGCGAUUGAACGUGCGAAGAAUAAUAACUAAA